AUGGCGGACGAGGAGCAGGAAGAAUCAAUGAUGGUUUCUGAAAAGUACCCGGAGCUGAAGAAGAGGGGGCGGGUUCCUCACCCUCAGGAUUUAGUAAAAGAGCUGAGUCUGCAGACCAACACCUCCAACGCGUGGAACAGACCUCGCUGUGGCGUACCGGACUACCCCGUCCAGAGGGAGGUGCAUUAUCGAGGCCGCCACCGCCAGAGACGCUUCGUCCUGUACGGAGGCCGAUUGGAGAAGACUGACCUCACCUACAGGAUCGUCAGGUUCCCUUGGCAGAUGGGCGAGGAAAAGGUCCGCCGUGUGUUCCGGGAAGCGCUGAAGAUCUGGAGUGACGUCACGCCGCUCACCUUCACCGAGGUCCACAGCGGGAAGGCCGACAUCCGCAUCGACUUCACCAGGUACUGGCACGGAGACAACCUCCCCUUCGACGGCCCGGGUGGGAUCCUCGCUCACGCCUUCUUCCCCAAAACGCACCGACAGGGCGACAUCCACUUCGACUACGACGAGUCGUGGACCCUCGGGAACCACAUGGGUACAGACCUCCUGCAGGUUGCUGCCCAUGAGUUCGGGCACGUCCUGGGCCUGCAGCACUCCAGAGAGCCGGGGGCCAUCAUGUCCGCUUACUACUCGUUCUCCUACCCGCUGAGGCUGAGCGAGGACGACAAACAAGGCAUCCAGUACCUGUACGGCGCCCACCCUCAUGUGCUGCCUCCUCCCCCGCCGCCACCCCCGUCCAACCCAGAGACCAACGAGAUCGUCACCAAU